UCGUGCUAAACGUCCAAACCGCGGUCGCGCCAUUAUUUUGCCGUUCGUGUUGAGCGCAGGUGUCACGUACGGCGCGUCGGCCAGUUGUCGGGCUUUUAACAGAUAAUCAUAAAAUUAUAGUUUACUCUUUCUAAUACAUUUAAACUGUAACCAAUGAAUUUACCUUCUCUCUCACUGAAUAUUUACGACAAAACAACUGAAGGGGGCUGUGUGAAUCAGUGUGAAAUUCGAGCUCGGUUCGGUCGCACGUAUUUGCGAAUUAUAUAAAAAUAACGGUUCAGUGAAUUUGUUUAUUGCUUAAUAAUGGAAUUGUAAGUGUUCUUUCAUUAUAUUUUACUAACACGGAGUAAAUAUUAUUUGCAUUUUAUGACAAAAACAGUCUUUGAAGCAGCGGCCUCGUCAUUUUUUGAACCUAACGGUCGUCUUUAGUUCGUCGUUUUUAAUAGAAAAAUUAAUAAAAUCCAAACGAUUUUUUGUAAUGAGAUCAAUAUUUUAAUGAACUUAAAUAUAAGUAUUACAAAGGACGUGUAUUUUAGUCGCAAAUAUAAAAAUUUCGACUUCAAAGAUGUGAAACACACCUAAGCGUCCAGAUUACGGAUUCUGAGCACGUAGGGUUUGACAGCCGAUGUUCAAAUUUAAAGAUACGGCGCAGCAAUUUGAUAUAAAUUUCAAUGAAUUUGAUAUAAAAAAAAAAUAUUAAUUUCUUUUUUUUUUGUUUUAGAUAUUUGAUUUUUUUUAAUUUUGUACCAGUGAUUGGAUUCUUUGCAUAAGCCGACUUCUUGAACUAAUUUAUACUUUUUUAUUUGCAUAGAUGGGUGAACGAGCUCACGGCCCACCUGAUGUUAAGUGGUUACUGGAGCCCAGAUACAUUUGCAACUUCUUUUUUUUGUUUGUUUUAUUGCAUAGAUGGGUGGACGAGCUCACGGCCCACCUGAUGUUAAGUGGUUACCGUAAAAAGUUGAUGAUUUAUCAUUGUUACCAUCCGUAUUGUUGCACAAUACUAAAAAAAACGCUGCAUGUGUUGUACACUUUUUUUUUGCUAUUUGGCGAGCUACAGCUCGUUCACACAUGGUCUUCAUUCCACUGCCUUGCCCGAACGGGCUCUUGAAGCGCACCCUAAAGUGCCCCGUUAUUUAUUACAACUACGCCGCGCGGCUCCGUUAUCACAAAACCCUUCAUUGUACCUCAAGUUGUUAUUGUUUAACACUAGCAAGUGUUAUGUUUAGUAUGAACUAUGCUUUGCGUUGAAGUAUUUUGUUUAUUAGUAUUCAACUACGUAUUCAACUACGGUGUAGAAUUAUGAUACACUGAACACAGAGAUAACGCGUUUUUGAGCACGACUUGUGUAUAAAUAAUAAUAUCUCAAAAAAUUAAGCGAUUACAUAGGUUUUUUUAUUUAAAAUUAUUUUUUUUAAACUAUACAAAUUAUAAUAAAAAAUAGAACCAUACACCUGUCCAUACAAAAUAAUUUAUUUACACCCCUUUAAUUUUGCGUAAAAAUCUGGCGGCGCGAGCCGUAAUUCUAGAUAAACUUUACGUGUCAGAGAUACGCAAAUACAACAGUCAGAUCUACAAUAAAAAUAAUCAACAUAACUAGACUAAUAUUCUCACUAAAUAAACAAAAAUCAUAGCGAUAACAUUUACCAUUACUGAGAAAAAUAAAAAUUAGUGCAACAGUUCUCAUUCACACAGUGAAAUCACUUUCGUUUUACAGAUUUUUUUGUUCUACAUACCAUACAAUACAAAAAAAAACAAUUACUAUACAACAUGGUACUUUUAAAGCCCUUUCUAAAAAGGUAUAACACUUGUACAUUGGAUCGCAUUGUACAAUGUAUUCAAAGGAAAACAAAAAAAAAAUCAGAUCUCUCAGAGUGCUCCAGCCUUAAAUUGCACCAAGGACACUUCAAAUUUGAAAUUCAAAACUCUUAAAAGUUAGUUGACAUAUUUUGCUCAUGUUAGUACUAGAUUAAAGAUCAGGAACAAAAAUAAGACGCUCCAGUGGCCACGUUUGCAGACACGAAAACAUCUUCAUUUCUUAGAAAAAAGUUUAAUAAUGUUAACGACUUCAGCUUAUUCUAGACCUUAAUACUUAAACAUAAAGUUUAAUUACCAUUGCAAAAUAUAUGUAUUUAGGUCCUUUCGUCAGAAAAAGAAUAUUAUGGAAUAAAUUUAAAAUGUCACUUGAACAUAAAAAGACAUCGGUACAAAAAUAUUUAUUCUAAAAUGAUACUUAAAGCCUAAUUUAUAAGGUUAAAAAUAUUAGUUUAGAGAAAAAAUACUAAUUUUAUUUUUGCGGGAAAAAUAUUGCCAGCUUCAAAACCUUUUACGUAUUAAGUAAACAUUUUAAGUACAUAUAUAAAAAAACAUAUAAAUCAUUUUAAAUAUUAUCAUUAAUCAAUCGAUUUUAAGCACAUAAAAUAACAUCAAAGACAUAACCAUUGGACUUUAACUUGUUACUAUACUUGAGACCUUAGAACUUAUAUCUCAAGGUGGGUGGCGCAUUUACGUUGUAGAUGUUUGUGGGCUCCAGUAACCACUUAACACCAGGGUGGCUGUGAGAUCGUCCACCCAUUUAAGCAAUAAAAAAAAACUUAACUUGUAUUGUUAUUUAAAUAUGUACAACUAAAACAAAAACAUUAAAAAUAAAAUAUAAUGUGUACUCGUAAAAAAAAGAUUAAGAAAUAAAUCCAAUAUCGGUUAUUUAAAAAAAUUAUCGAUAUAUGAAUUUCAUGUAAUUAUUUUUCUUUAUACUGACAACACUGAUUUUAAUCUGACUGACGCGGUGAGACUUCGCUUGCUGCUUGGCUUGCGUUCAAAAUGGAUGUGUUUUGAUUUUUCUUCGAUUUAUUUUGCUUUUAUCAAUAACGUUUCAUACUACGGCUGAAAACCAUUGUGUGAAUUGUGGUUUUAACCUGACCGAGAUUUAAAACCGUGUAUAUGCUCUCCUGUGCUAUUUUUAGAUGAUUUACUAAUUGUGUAUGAAGAUGAAGAAAAAAUAGAAUAAUAUCGAUAUUUAAAGAAGUAUGUGUGUUUUUUAUACCUUAAUAACUACAAUUGGAUAAAAAUACAUUAGGAACAUCUUAAACAUUAAAAAAAGAAAAGUUCUUGAGGUAUUUAUAUAGAAAAUUAACCUCAAAACGAGUUUUUUAUUUUUAUUAUAUUUUUUAUAAUAAUGGCGUCAAUUUCAAUAUAUUUUUUAGAUAUCUAAUACAUUUAAGACCUUGAAUUUAUUUUUAUGAGGGUAGAUCUAAUACUUGUCAACUCACGACCGGAUAAAUUUAGUGUGAAUAUAAAAUAUUUUUUUUAAAAACUACGAAUCACUGAACGACUGAACUAAUUCAAAGACAUAUUACGCCGUUACUCAAAAAGACUUCCGCUGACGGCACGCCGCUGCUUGUACAUCUCAAUAUUUUGGACUUGUGCUAAUUUUUCCUUACGAACUACUACGGACGAUCAUCCUCGUCGUUGCGCGAGUGUCAGAGUUUUAGUGAGUGUUGUGAAAGUUUAGUAAUAGUGAGUGAACACAGAGUCCAGCCGUCAAGCCGACCGCCAUCAUUACGUGUCGUCCGCCAGUCGUGUUUCCUAGACACUGCAAUCUACAAGAAGCCGAGUUGUCAGGCGGCGUCGCGUGAUGGCGCAUGGAGUGCUUGUGGCGGUGGUGCGCGGCACUGGUGCUAGCGACGCUGGCCGCCGCCGGCCCGCGGUACAGCUCGCGGAUCGUACACACUCACACAGGAGCAAUCCGCGGCAUCAUAGUGGAACCGGCUUCCCGUCGCCUGGAACCAGUGGAAGUGUUCUUGGGUGUCCCUUACGCAGGCCCCCCGCCGCGACUUGGAGUCCCACCAGCGCCUCCAGGCUGGUCCGGCACGAGGCUCGCAGACGCAUUCGCACCUGUCUGCCCCCAGCGAUACCCGGACAUAUCCAACAAGAGCGCAGCGCUGUCGAACAUGCCACUCGGCAUCUACAACGAGUUGAAGGCCACGGUACCGAUGCUCGCCAAUCAAAGCGAAGACUGUCUCUUCCUCAACAUCUAUGUGCCCGGUAGCGGUGCGCGAGGCGUGGAGGCGCCUUACGCGGUGGUGAUGUGGCUCGGGGCGCCGUCCCACGAGUGGGGCUCCGCCAACACCCUCGACGGAGCCGUGCUGGCGGCCCGGGCACAUCUGCUCGUCAUUACUGUUAAUUAUAGGAUAGGAUUAUUAGGCUACUUAACAACAGGGCUAAAUACGGAUCCCGUGCAGCAAGCAGGAGGCUCGGCCCAGCUGGACGUGGCGGCGGCUCUGGGCUGGGUGCGCCGCAACGUUGCCGCGUUCGGAGGCGACGCGCGGAGACUCACCCUCGCCGGACACGCGGCGGGGGCGGCUCUCGCCAACGCCAUGCUCAUGAUGCCGGACACUAAAGGUCUCGUGUCCCGUGUGCUGCUUCUCAGCGGCUCGGCGCUGAGUCCGACGGCUCUGGCCCCGGACGCGACGCUGACCAGGGACCAUACCGCGCAAGCGUUGCGGUGCAUCCCGGAAAACUCUAAUGAUGAGAACUGGUUUGUAGAAUGCAUCCGGGCUCGUCCACUGGCCGCAUUGUUAGCCGUGGAAGCCCCAAAGGCGCGGUUCCUCUCCGGCUGGGCGCCCUCCGUCCCCGCCGGCCAGCCCCCCACCAGGGCGCUGCAUGCGAGCGACACGUUCCUUGAUUGCUCUCUCGCUAUUGUCGUGUCUACCACGGAGAGCUAUCAGUUCUUCAAUGAAGACGAUAUCAGACAUGGAUUUGAAGAAGAGCACAGAAACCGCAUCCUCCGAACGUACGUCCGCAACGUGUACCGCUACCACCGCAACGAGAUAUUCGCGGCCAUCCGCAACGAGUACACGGAUUGGGAGAAGCCGAUCCAGCAUCCCAUCAACAUCAGAGACGCGACGCUGGACUCCCUGAGCGACGGCGCCGUGGCCGCGCCCGCGCUCCGCCUCGCACAGCUGCACGCGCGACGCGGCUCUACUACUUACUUUGCUCAUUUCGCUCAUCAGACCAAGGACGCUGACUAUCCUCAGCGCCUCGGAAGCAUAACCAGCGAAACUCUACCAUACUUCUUGGGUUUGCCACUUGUAAGUGGAACACCUUCAAACCUUCGGAACUACUCUCGUGGGGACGUGGCCGUGGCCGAGUCUGCCGUCGCUCUGCUCGCUGCUUUCGCGAAAACCGGGGACCCUACGGCGCGGAGUGAGGAGAGGCAUCACGACAACUCAGUUACUUGGCCUAGAUAUGAGAUCAAUACUCAACAGUAUUUAAGUAUAGGUACAAAGCUUCGUGUGAAGAGUCACUACCGGGGUCACAAGCUGGCGCUGUGGCUGCACCUGGUCCCGCAGCUGCACCGCCCCGGGGCCGCGCCGCGCCACCACCAGUUCCGCUCCGUGCACCCCGCCAUGUUCGCGGGAGAGAUCUUCCCAGAGCUCUAUACAACUACAGCAGCUUUGGAUGAUGAUGAAGAAAUUUCCGAAGCAGAAGAAGAUUCUUCAGAGGUAGAGGAGUGCGAGCCUUCCCCCUCCCCGCGACCCGCUCUGUCGGCUCUCCCUUCCCUGCAGCCCACGCCUAAAGAAGACUCACUCACGUUAGACUCACAAUAUUACAGCUACACAAUAGCCCUGGGCGUGACAGUCGGCGCUGGGUGCUUCCUGCUGGCUCUAAAUAUGCUGGUCUUCGCAGGAAUCUACCUGCAGAGAGGAAGACGUCGAAGUAGUCACAGGAGAACGAGGAGAGAAGGUAGCAGCAAUAGCCGAGCUGGAGACUCUCUGAACAGUGACCCUGCAACAGUGACGUCACCACGGAAGAGUACUCUCAAGCGCAGCAGCGAGUCAGAGCUAAAGGAAAGGUCGAGUACCAUGCCUCCACCGAAAAAACGGGUUCAGAUACAAGAGAUCUCCGUAUAGAGCAUGGCUUUCAAUGAGAAGAUAUCCAAAGACAUCAAUAGGGGUCUCACUAUUUAUUACCAAGUCGCACAGCACACAAAAACAUCGGAAAAGGUCGAGUCUUCGUCUGGCAUAAACGAAGCUUUUGAGUUUCGUGAUGACCGUUGGUUUGUGUGUCACUCGUGUGUUGCUCGUGUGCCGGCUCGUGUCGUCGUGGGAGCAGUUGGACGGUAUAAUUAAAUGACACAAAGUGUUCUAACGUGACACAAAUGACAGACACGAUUAACAGUAGUUGUGUAAGCCGGUCCUUACUGUAGUGUGUGUAGUGAUGUGCUCCGUGUCAGUUUUGUCUGAUGAUCGGUCAGUCCCUAUCUAUAGUUUGAGAAACGUUUGCGAUGUGCAUGCAUGCUGUCACUGUGGCCUGCGCUGCGUACAGUCUACAGUCUACAGUCCACAGCACGGCCACGCCGAGCGCGCCAUCGACGCCGCCACUACCGAUCGUCAAGAUAUAACUAUACGGCACGUACACAUGUGUGCACGCGUGUCACGCAAGUGUGGGUAUUACGUACCGCGAUGUUUGUGUUUAGUGCUUUGUAAGUUUUGGUGUAAAUUUUAAUAUUUGAUCUUUAGACGGUUAAGAUAAUGUAAAUUAUACUUUUCUUCAAUUUUUUUUUUGGUCUACUAAUGCAACUGAAAUGCUUCCCUGUGUCUGUCACAUACUUAUAAUAUAUUCAAUACUAGAAUUAAAGCUUCCUCGAAGCGAUCAGAAACAAAAGUACCUACAAACACGAGUGGACAAAAGACGCGCGCGCACCGAACUUCCAUAUAAUAGUAUUUUAUAUUAUGGUGUAAAAGGCUUGAUAUAUAACCUUUACACAAUUUACCUAAUCCAAUGGUACAUUCAUUGUGCUAUGCAAGCAGUCAUCAUAUAUUUUUCAAAAUUCUUAAACGACUAUCUUUGCUACCAAGCUGUAAAAUCGUACUGCAAGUAGCAAAUAAUUAAUGAAUAUACUCUUGGUCACAAAGUAUUAUUACCUACCUCACUCACCAUGAAGUCGUAACAAUUAUCUAGUAUCCUUUUCCUAUUUUUGUUAUAAUAUGUUGGAUUAUUAUUGAAACCUGUGUUGAAUUUGUAAUUCAGAAAUAAUGAAACAUCUUGCAUUUUCUCUGAACUCUGUGCUACAGGCACUAUAACAAGUCGAUUCUGUUGUAGAGUCUUUAGUUCGUAAAAUCAUAAUUAAAUGAACAUACUGUCAUACUCAUCACAGCAGAAAUACUCGACAAACAAAUAUUGACAUCGACAGUAACAGUGUCGAGAGCACCAAGAGUGUUAACAGAUUGUGAAUAUAGCUCGGAUCCCCAAGUAUACAGCUCUGAGAAUUAUUCGCGUGACUUACUACAAUUAAAAUGUCGUGGAAAGUUCCCGAAGUCCCGAUGUAACGUUUUGAACGAGUCUCGGUUCCUCGAAUACUUUUUGUCAGUUUAUUGAUCACUCUCAAGAUAAGGUAAUUUGUGCUCGUUUUGAAGCAAAUCUUACAGUUGAAAUGUAACUGAUAUUGCGGGAUAUGAUGAUCUUGUGGUUGGUUACGUAAUCCGAUGUUCUGGUCAAGUUCUUAAUUUUUUGUCCAAACUUAUUGGAAUGAUCACGAACACUAAUAAUUGCCAAAUCCGUGGAGCCGCCGCGCCGUACAGUGCAGCCUGCUCUGUGCCUGUGAGAGAUAAACUGUGACACAUUUCGGCUGUGUGAGAGACUUUUAUUUAGUUUGAGUUUACGUAAAACACAUAUUUCAAUACACAUCAAUACCUAUGAAAUACUUUUAAAAUGUAUGUAUGUAUUAAGUAUAUGUAUGAAUGUUUAAUCUAAUAAACGUCAUUGUAGUGUUGUGUGAUGCGUAAUUGAAAUGAAUUGAACUUUUAUAUUUCGAAAAUAAUGUAUGUACUAUACAUAUUGAUAUAUAUAUAUAUAUAUAUAAAAUGAAUAUGUUGUACCAAUACUUGAGUGUAGCGUACAAAGUUGGUUCGCUUAAUGUUGACCGUACUAACGUCGGAGUAGUAUUGAGUUGUGUGCUCGGUGGACCGACCGGUCGGGCAGGUUCAAUUCCUUCAGUUUUUACGGAUCGUAGACGUAAAUGAAACUACUUUUACAUUUUCUUCUCCAUGAAUCGCGACGAAAGAUAUCACAAAUAAUGAAAUAACGGGCUCGGAGUCAGCAAGUCCUGGGCAGGUGGUGCCAACUAUUUUAUAACAUUUGGAAAAAUUGCUUUAUUUUCCUACACUUGCGCACUUUCACAGACGCUAGACGUUUAAGGAGUUACCAUUACUAUACGUUGAAACCUAAAGAAACAUUAUUCAACCAAAUAAAACAAUUGGCAUAACUUCGCUCCUCGUGUUACCGACAAAAAUCUAUAAACCUGUUAUCGUGAUGGUGGUGGUAUAACCAAGCCAAACAAACUGCCAGAUCUCACAAUACUGUUGGUUGUUAUUGUGUGCAAAGAAACGUAAAUAUCAGUUUAAAGUAUUCGAGACAUGAAAAAUAAUGAACGUGAGAUGAAAUCUUAAAAGUAGUUUCAGUUACAACGUAGCGAGAUGAAGUGUACGGAAGCUGGAACGACUAUGUGUAUGUAUGUAUCUAGUUUUGUCGGUGUCUCUUCUUAUGUUCCUAAUUAAAUAAAAUUGUAAUAUAAGAUCAUCUUAAUUAGCUAAUACAUGGAGUAGUACUAAAUGUCGUAAUUAAUUUCUAAAUUACAUAAUUAAAAUAAAUUAACUUGAAGGAUAUUGAGCUGUAUGUGUAGUUAUGUAAACUGUAAAUAUAACUGUAUUCACAUAGUGUUUGGUUCCACUUCAUCGAUUAGGUGUAAUGUAAAUACAUAUUAGGAUGUCUGUAUUUAUCGGUAUUUUCAACAAGAAGGAUAUCAAUAAAGAUCAUAAUUUUCUUGGA